GCGCGCGCGCAGGACCCAGCCGAGGGCAGCUCGCCGACACUUGGCUUUCGGAGGCGAUCUGCUCCCGUCUCGCAGCGCCGAUGGCUUCUCCGGGCUCCGGUUUUUGGUCCUUCGGAUCUGAAGAUGGCUCCGGGGAUCCCGAGAACCCCGGCACAGCCAGAGCCUGGUGUCAGGUGGCCCAGAAGUUCACGGGCGGCAUCGGAAACAAGCUGUGUGCUCUGCUCUACGGAGACUCGGAGAAGCCGGCGGAGAACGGCGGGAGCGAGCCCCCGCGGGCCACCUCCCGGAAGGCCGCCUGUGCCUGCAACCAGAAGCCCUGCAGCUGUCCCAAAGCCGACGUCAACUACGCGUUUCUACACGCAACAGACCUGCUGCCAGCGUGUGAUGGAGAAAGACCCACCUUGGCGUUUCUGCAGGAUGUUAUGGAUAUUUUGCUUCAAUAUGUGGUGAAAAGUUUCGAUAGAUCAACCAAAGUGAUUGAUUUCCAUUACCCUAAUGAGCUUCUUCAAGAAUAUAAUUGGGAACUGGCAGACCAACCACAAAAUUUGGAGGAAAUUUUGAUGCAUUGCCAAACAACUCUAAAAUAUGCAAUUAAAACAGGGCAUCCCAGAUAUUUCAAUCAACUCUCCACUGGACUGGAUAUGGUUGGAUUAGCAGCAGACUGGCUGACAUCAACAGCAAAUACUAACAUGUUCACCUAUGAAAUCGCUCCAGUAUUUGUGCUUUUGGAAUAUGUCACGCUAAAGAAAAUGAGAGAAAUCAUUGGCUGGCCAGGGGGCUCUGGCGAUGGGAUAUUUUCUCCCGGUGGCGCCAUAUCGAACAUGUAUGCCAUGCUGAUCGCACGCUUCAAGAUGUUCCCAGAAGUCAAGGAGAAAGGAAUGGCUGCUGUUCCCAGGCUCAUUGCCUUCACGUCUGAGCAUAGUCAUUUUUCUCUCAAGAAGGGAGCUGCAGCCUUGGGUAUUGGAACAGACAGCGUGAUUCUGAUUAAAUGUGAUGAGAGGGGGAAAAUGAUCCCAUCUGAUCUUGAAAGAAGGAUCCUUGAAGCCAAACAAAAAGGAUAUGUUCCUUUCCUUGUGAGUGCCACAGCUGGGACCACCGUGUAUGGAGCAUUUGAUCCCCUCUUAGCUGUCGCUGACAUUUGCAAAAAGUAUAAGAUCUGGAUGCAUGUGGAUGCUGCUUGGGGUGGCGGAUUGCUGAUGUCCCAGAAACACAAGUGGAAACUGAGCGGCGUGGAGAGGGCCAACUCCGUGACAUGGAAUCCACACAAGAUGAUGGGCGUCCCUUUGCAGUGCUCUGCUCUCCUGGUUAGGGAAGAGGGACUGAUGCAGAGUUGCAACCAGAUGCACGCCUCCUACCUCUUCCAGCAAGAUAAACAUUACGACCUGUCCUACGACACUGGAGACAAGGCCCUGCAGUGCGGACGCCACGUUGAUGUCUUUAAGUUAUGGCUCAUGUGGCGAGCAAAGGGGACUUCUGGGUUCGAAGCGCAUAUUGACAAGUGUUUGGAGCUGGCGGAGUAUUUGUACAAUAUCAUAAAAAAUCGAGAAGGAUACGAAAUGGUGUUUGAUGGGAAGCCUCAGCAUACAAAUGUCUGCUUCUGGUAUGUUCCUCCGAGUUUGCGUGUCCUGGAAGACAAUGAAGAGAGAAUGAGCCGCCUCUCAAAAGUGGCUCCGGCGAUUAAAGCCAGGAUGAUGGAGUACGGGACCACGAUGGUCAGCUACCAGCCCUUGGGGGACAAGGUCAACUUCUUCCGCAUGGUCAUUUCAAAUCCCGCCGCAACUCACCAAGACAUUGACUUCCUGAUUGAAGAAAUAGAGCGCCUGGGACAAGAUUUAUAAGAAGCUACCCGCUAAGCUGUUUCAGUUCUCUAGGUAGACAAUUAAGUUGUCACAACCCGUGUGAAUGUAUUUGUAGUCUGUUCCAAAGUAAAUCUAUUUCUAUAUUGUGGUGUCAAAGUAGAAGUACAGUUUAAAAAAUUAAAAAAAAAACCACACACAAAAAAACAUUGCUCCUUUUAAAAACCCUUUCUUAAGUUUAGAAUACCUCUCUGAUAAUUAGUGACAAAGGCUGUGUUCUAAUCCAUAAGGAAAAGCUUAAGGUUGUUAUAAAUACUUCUCUUACUUUUAAUAUAGUAUGCAAAUCAGAUUUUAUUUUCCUUCAAAGUAGUAGGAUUGAAUCGUGCCAAAUUGCCCCUGAAUCGUAAGAGGUUCUUUGGGGUGCAGUAAAAAGGAUAAGUAAAUAUAAAAUGUAUGUUGACAACAACAACUCUUGCCUUUUUCAUAGUGUUAGNUCAUAGUGUGAGAAAAAAAUUUCUAAUUUACCUAUGGCAACAUUUCAAAUGUAUUUAAAUACAUAUAAUUUUACAAAAGGAAAAUAUAUAUAUAAUGUAUUAAAAAGAAAUCCUAUUUUGUAUUGUAUAGAUUUUUAUUUUCUAUGGGUUAUACAAACUGCAGGGGCAGAUAUAAAAACUAAGCCAGAUUUUUUGUUUUCUUUCUUUUCACGGAGGCACAAUAUUCUGAAACGUAGGCCCACGAAAUUCUUAAAAAGGUAUGAUGCUUUCUUUCAUUCAUGUUAUGGCUUAUCACGUCUCUAAAGUCAGUAUUAUAAAACAAACACAAAAUAAUACUGCAAGUUCCCUAAGAUAACUGAUCAAAUCAACAGUUGAGACUCUCUUCCCAUUUAAAAAUGUUUUCCACCCAGUGGACCCUUUGCAGACCCACUGGGUGAGCAUGACAAGCGAGCUGCACCCUGGGCCAAGUUAGGGUGACCGUCUCUAUUCUGCCUUCCAGGUCAGCCUGUUUUGAACAGAAGGUUGAUGCUGCUUCUUGAGGUAUCUUCCCAAACCAUAUUCUUUUAUUAUUAGGUCAUUUGGAUUAACUAGAGAAAGAUAAAAAUAAAAUCUAAUCAGCCCGAGCAAAGAGGAACGAAGCACACUCCCGAAUGUGGUGAGCCCAGAAAGUUAAAGUCGGCCUCGGGAGAAGAGAUCUCUGUGUGAGAGCAAUGGUGUCAUCCGGACGCCGUGUUGUCACUGUCCAGGAAGGAGUCAUUUACUGCCUGGGUAAUUGUUUAGUCCCAUUCUCUCCCAUUCCUACUCACAGAAGUCUCCCCUGCUAGGCUCCCCAUCGCUGGGAUCCCAAAUCAUUAAUUUCUACUCCAUGGGUGGUUAUUUUUUCCCUCUUGAAAAGAGCUUCUCACCCAGGAUUUUGAGAUAGUAUCUUAAGACCUUCUUUUCUCUAUUUCCCAUCAAGAUCCAAAGUGACCAGAUUAUGUAGAGAUUAAGAUCCUCAGAAUUCAAAACGCUAUUUGAACAACAUCUGCCCCUGAAAACCUGAUGGAGAGACAUGGGGUUAACAAGAGCUCCCGCAGAUAUGUAUGGGGCUGCCGAUUCUCAGGUGCUGAGUGCUAGUGGAGAGGACUGCAGGCUCAUAUGUGAGACUGCAGACACAAACUUAGAAAUAUUUCUCCUUUCUGUAUG